GGCAAGCUCUGAGCCCUGGCCCUGAGAGCGUCUGUGGCCACGCGCAGUGUUCCAGCGCGGACAGCAGGGGGCGUGCUGCCCUUGGCAAAGAGGCGCCACGUGGGGCCAGGUCGACACAGAACCUCGGGGUACAGAGUCACCCCGUAGUGGUGGCCCGACCUGGGCGAGGCUGCGCCCACCGGGAUCCAGCAGUGUCCCACAGCCUGUCACUUCGCAGCCCAGGGCUUCAUGAAAACAACACCGCGUCCCUCCUCCCCACCGCCCCCGCGGUUCUUCCUUUCUGGCUCCCCCGAAUGCCCUGCCGGGAUCCUUCACCUAACCCACUACCUCUCCACCACAGACCCGCCCUCAUCUGCUCCAGCAAACCUGGCACGCUGGCCCGUGUCCUGACCUCUCCGGUCUACCCACUCUGCCCGGCGCUGUGCCCUGCCCUACUCAGUGAUGGUGACCUGACCCAGCCCACCCCGUCCUGUGGGCUCUGCACCCUGAAUCCCUUGCAGCAGCCCCCUGCUUUUGUCCAUAGGCCCUCAGCUUCCAUUUCUACCGUCACCCCUCAUUCGCUGCUUUUGUUUCAGAUCUGUUGUGGGCUGCAGCUGACAUGUGACUGCCUCUUUAAGCUAUGUCCUAUGAACCGCUACUCUGCCCAGAAGCAGUUCUGGAAAGCUGCUAAGCCAGGGGCCAACAGCACAACAGAUGCAGUGCUGCUCAACAAACUGCACCAUGCUGCAGACUUGGAAAAGAAGCAGAAUGAAACAGAAAACAGAAAGUUGCUGGGCACUGUAAUCCAGUAUGGCAAUGUGAUCCAGCUCCUGCACUUGAAAAGUAAUAAAUAUCUAACUGUGAAUAAGAGGCUUCCAGCUCUGCUGGAGAAGAAUGCCAUGAGAGUGACACUGGACGAGGCUGGGAAUGAAGGGUCCUGGUUCUAUAUCCAGCCAUUCUACAAGUUGCGAUCUAUCGGAGACAGUGUGGUCAUAGGUGACAAAGUUGUUCUGAACCCCGUCAAUGCUGGUCAGCCCCUACACGCCAGCAGCCAUCAGCUGGUGGAUAAUCCAGGCUGCAACGAGGUCAAUUCCGUUAACUGCAAUACAAGCUGGAAAAUAGUUCUUUUCAUGAAAUGGAGUGAUAACAAAGAUGACAUACUAAAGGGGGGUGAUGUGGUAAGGCUGUUCCAUGCUGAGCAGGAGAAAUUUCUCACUUGUGAUGAGCACAGGAAAAAGCAACAUGUCUUCCUGAGAACUACAGGCCGGCAGUCGGCCACAUCUGCCACAAGUUCAAAAGCCCUGUGGGAGGUGGAGGUGGUGCAACAUGACCCAUGUCGGGGAGGAGCUGGGUAUUGGAACAGCCUCUUCCGUUUCAAGCACCUGGCCACGGGGCAUUACUUAGCAGCAGAGGUAGACCCUGACUUUGAGGAAGAAUGCCUGGAGUUUCAGCCCUCAGUCGACCCUGAUCAGGAUGCAUCUCGAAGCAGGUUGCGAAAUGCCCAAGAAAAGAUGGUGUAUUCCCUGGUCUCUGUGCCUGAAGGCAAUGAUAUCUCCUCCAUUUUUGAGCUAGACCCCACCACUCUCCGCGGAGGUGACAGCCUUGUCCCAAGAAACUCUUACGUUCGCCUCAGACACCUGUGUACUAAUACCUGGGUUCAUAGCACAAAUAUUCCUAUUGACAAGGAAGAGGAAAAACCCGUGAUGCUGAAAAUCGGCACCUCUCCUGUGAAAGAGGAUAAAGAAGCAUUUGCCAUUGUUCCAGUUUCUCCUGCUGAAGUUCGGGACCUAGACUUUGCCAAUGAUGCCAGCAAAGUGCUGGGUUCCAUUGCUGGGAAGCUGGAGAAGGGUACCAUCACCCAGAAUGAAAGAAGGUCUGUAACAAAGCUGCUGGAAGACUUGGUUUACUUUGUUACCGGUGGAACAAAUUCUGGUCAAGAUGUGCUUGAAGUGGUCUUCUCCAAGCCAAACAGAGAACGGCAGAAACUAAUGAGAGAACAGAACAUUCUCAAGCAGAUCUUCAAGUUGUUACAGGCUCCAUUUACAGACUGUGGCGAUGGCCCAAUGCUUCGGCUAGAGGAGCUUGGGGACCAGCGGCAUGCCCCUUUCAGACAUAUCUGCCGGCUCUGCUACAGGGUGCUAAGGCACUCCCAGCAAGACUACAGGAAGAACCAGGAGUAUAUAGCGAAGCAGUUUGGCUUCAUGCAGAAGCAGAUUGGCUAUGAUGUGUUGGCUGAAGACACGAUCACUGCCUUACUCCACAAUAAUCGGAAACUCCUGGAAAAACACAUCACUGCAGCAGAGAUCGACACAUUUGUCAGCCUGGUGCGAAAGAACAGGGAGCCCAGAUUCUUAGAUUACCUCUCUGACCUCUGUGUCUCCAUGAACAAGUCAAUUCCAGUGACCCAGGAACUGAUAUGCAAAGCUGUCCUGAAUCCCACCAAUGCUGACAUCCUGAUUGAGACCAAGUUGGUUCUUUCUCGUUUUGAAUUUGAAGGCGUUUCUUCUACUGGAGAGAAUGCUCUGGAGGCAGGAGAAGAUGAGGAAGAGGUGUGGCUAUUUUGGAGGGACAGCAACAAAGAGAUUCGCAGCAAGAGUGUCAGGGAAUUGGCACAAGAUGCUAAAGAAGGGCAGAAGGAAGACCGAGAUGUUCUCAGCUACUACAGGUACCAGCUGAAUCUCUUUGCAAGAAUGUGUCUGGACCGACAGUACCUGGCCAUCAAUGAAAUCUCAGGCCAAUUGGACGUAGAUCUCAUUCUCCGCUGCAUGUCUGAUGAGAACCUGCCCUACGACCUGAGGGCGUCCUUCUGCCGUCUCAUGCUACACAUGCAUGUGGACCGAGAUCCCCAGGAACAAGUCACUCCAGUGAAAUAUGCCCGCCUAUGGUCAGAGAUUCCCUCUGAGAUUGCCAUUGAUGACUAUGAUAGCAGUGGAGCUUCCAAAGAUGAAAUUAAGGAGAGGUUUGCUCAGACCAUGGAAUUUGUGGAGGAGUAUUUAAGAGAUGUGGUUUGUCAGAGGUUUCCUUUCUCUGAUAAGGAGAAAAAUAAGCUUACGUUUGAGGUUGUAAAUUUAGCUAGGAAUCUUAUAUACUUUGGUUUCUACAACUUCUCUGACCUUCUACGAUUAACCAAGAUCCUCCUGGCCAUAUUGGACUGUGUACAUGUGACAACAAUCUUCCCCAUUAGCAAGAUGGCUAAAGGAGAAGAGAAUAAAGGUAACAAUGAUGUGGAGAAGCUGAAGAGCAGUAAUGUAAUGAGGUCUAUUCAUGGAGUAGGGGAGCUGAUGACCCAGGUGGUGCUCCGGGGAGGAGGCUUUUUGCCUAUGACUCCCAUGGCUGCCGCCCCUGAAGGCAACGUGAAACAGGCAGAGCCAGAGAAGGAGGACAUCAUGGUCAUGGACACCAAGCUGAAGAUCAUUGAAAUACUCCAGUUUAUUUUGAAUGUGAGGUUGGAUUAUAGGAUCUCCUGCCUCCUGUGUAUAUUUAAGAGGGAGUUUGAUGAAAGCAAUUCCCAGACUUCGGAAACAUCCUCUGGAAACAGCAGCCAAGAAGGGCCAAGUAAUGUACCAGGUGCUCUUGACUUUGAACACAUUGAAGAGCAAGCAGAAGGCAUCUUUGGAGGAAGUGAGGAGAACACCCCAUUGGACUUGGAUGAUCAUGGCGGUAGAACUUUCCUCCGUGUCUUGCUCCACUUGACAAUGCAUGACUACCCACCCCUGGUGUCGGGGGCCCUGCAGCUCCUCUUCCGACACUUCAGUCAGAGGCAGGAGGUUCUCCAGGCCUUCAAACAGGUUCAACUGCUGGUUACUAGCCAAGACGUGGACAACUACAAACAGAUCAAACAAGACUUGGAUCAACUGAGGUCAAUAGUGGAAAAGUCAGAGCUUUGGGUAUACAAAGGGCAGGGCCCCGAUGAGACCAUGGAUGGUGCUUCUGGUGAAAAUGAACAUAAGAAAGCAGAGGAGGGCAAUAACAAGUCGCAGAAGCAUGAAAGCACCAGCAGCUACAAUUACAGAGUGGUGAAAGAGAUUUUGAUUCGCCUUAGCAAACUCUGUGUCCAAGAGAGCGCCUCAGUGAGGAAAAGCAGGAAGCAGCAGCAGCGACUGCUCCGGAACAUGGGCGCGCAUGCGGUGGUGCUGGAGCUCCUGCAGAUUCCCUACGAGAAGGCUGAAGAUACCAAGAUGCAGGAAAUAAUGAGACUGGCUCAUGAAUUUCUGCAGAACUUCUGCGCAGGCAACCAGCAGAAUCAAGCUUUGCUACACAAACACAUAAACCUAUUUCUCAACCCAGGGAUCCUGGAGGCAGUAACAAUGCAGCAUAUCUUCAUGAACAAUUUCCAGCUUUGCAGUGAGAUCAACGAGCGGGUUGUUCAGCACUUUGUUCACUGCAUAGAGACUCAUGGCCGAAACGUCCAGUAUAUAAAGUUCUUGCAGACAAUUGUCAAGGCAGAGGGGAAAUUUAUUAAGAAAUGCCAAGACAUGGUCAUGGCUGAGCUGGUCAAUUCAGGAGAGGAUGUCCUUGUAUUCUACAAUGACAGAGCCUCUUUCCAGACUCUGAUCCAGAUGAUGCGGUCUGAGCGGGACCGGAUGGAUGAGAACAGCCCUCUCAUGUACCACAUCCACUUGGUUGAGCUCUUGGCUGUGUGCACAGAGGGCAAAAAUGUCUACACAGAGAUAAAGUGCAACUCCCUGCUCCCUCUGGAUGACAUUGUUCGCGUGGUCACCCACGAGGACUGCAUCCCUGAGGUUAAAAUUGCAUACAUUAACUUCCUGAAUCACUGCUAUGUGGAUACUGAAGUGGAAAUGAAGGAGAUUUAUACCAGCAAUCACAUGUGGAAAUUGUUUGAGAAUUUUCUGGUAGACAUCUGCAGGGCCUGCAACAACACAAGUGACAGGAAGCAUGCAGACUCCAUUUUGGAGAAGUAUGUUACUGAAAUUGUCAUGAGCAUCGUUACUACCUUCUUCAGCUCUCCCUUCUCAGACCAGAGUACAACUUUGCAGACUCGCCAGCCCGUCUUUGUGCAACUGCUGCAAGGUGUGUUCCGGGUUUACCACUGCAACUGGUUAAUGCCGAGCCAAAAAGCCUCUGUGGAGAGCUGUAUUCGGGUGCUCUCUGAUGUAGCCAAGAGCCGGGCCAUUGCCAUUCCUGUGGACCUGGACAGUCAAGUCAACAACCUCUUUCUGAAGUCCCACAACAUUGUGCAGAAAACAGCUAUGAACUGGAGGCUAUCAGCCCGCAAUGCUGCGCGCAGAGAUUCUGUUCUGGCAGCUUCCAGAGACUACCGGAAUAUCAUUGAGAGAUUGCAGGACAUCGUUUCUGCGCUGGAGGACCGUCUCAGGCCCCUGGUGCAGGCAGAGUUAUCUGUGCUCGUGGAUGUUCUCCACAGACCCGAGCUGCUUUUCCCAGAGAACACAGAUGCCAGAAGAAAAUGUGAAAGUGGCGGUUUCAUUUGCAAGUUAAUAAAGCAUACCAAACAGCUGCUAGAGGAGAAUGAGGAGAAGCUGUGCAUUAAGGUCCUCCAGACCCUCAGGGAAAUGAUGACCAAAGAUAGAGGCUAUGGAGAAAAGCUAAUUUCCAUUGAUGAAUUGGAUAAUGCUGAGCUGCCACCAGCUCCGGAUGCUGAGAACUCCACAGAGCAGGAGCUUGAACCAAGUCCACCCCUGAGGCAGCUGGAAGACCAUAAAAGGGGUGAGGCGCUCAGGCAAAUUUUGGUCAACCGUUACUAUGGAAACAUCAGACCUUCAGGAAGAAGAGAGAGCCUUACCAGCUUUGGCAAUGGCCCACUGUCACCAGGAGGACCCAGCAAGCCCGGGGGAGGAGGGGGAGGUUCUGGAUCCAGCUCCAUGAGCAGGGGAGAGAUGAGCUUGGCUGAGGUUCAGUGUCACCUCGACAAGGAGGGGGCCUCCAAUCUGGUGAUUGACCUCAUCAUGAACGCGUCCAGUGACCGAGUGUUUCAUGAAAGCAUUCUCUUGGCCAUUGCCCUUCUGGAAGGAGGCAACACCACCAUACAGGAUGAUCUGAGGAAGAAUGGCAGGUGCUUAAGGAAGGAAGGUGACAUAGCUAUUCCUUACAAGGUUUUAUCCAUGUGGGAAAGGAGCAGAGCCAACAGUAGAGUCAGGGCAGCUCUCUCUUUAGCAUGUGGGGGUUUGGGAGCCGUUGGCAUUAAAGAAAGAGGAGGGCAGUGGCCUGUCCCCAGCAGGCUUCCUGAAAGAUGCUGCCCUUCAGCUGAAGCCAUGAGGGAUCUGAACAGCGAAGCCGCCCCUGCUUUGAGAAUUGGUGGUAUAAAGGAAGAUGGCGGCUCCCAUAGCUCUGCCCUGGUCAUGGUUAGUGCAGCUCUCCAAGUGACAGUGGAGAGUGAUGCAUGA